AUGGAAAACGUCCAAUUCGUUCAGUUUGAUGACAAUGCAUCUCCUCGCUCCUCUCCCCGGCCGAAACCUCGACCCAUACCUACCCCCUCCGAAGCCAUUCGGCUUCCGGGUUACGGCCUGCCCUUGAAUUAUCUUCCGCCUCGGAAAGAGCGCUUCCCUGUGCUUAUGGGCGACCGUAACAAGGACUGGAAGGCAACGACUUUGCUCAUUCGGGAAGUUUGCAUGCUGAAGUUCAUGGAGGACAUUACGAACAAGCCCGAGUGGUGGCGUAAAGUUUGCGACCCUAAUAUUGCAGCGAGAUGGAAGCAGGAGGUUCUGAGCUUAAACUGGGCAGAGUACAGGAAACAUGGAGAUUUUACCAAGAACAUGGCAGAGAUGUGCAUCCAGGAGCUUCGCAAAAAGGCGGCCUUGUACGAAGAAACGAGUUUGAUCCCCGUCAUGGACCACUCGACCUGUGUUAUCAAGUCUGACAAGCUCGUCUCUGAAGACUUGACGGAGCGGCUCAAAACGGCGGUCAAGUCUCUUGAGCAUGUGGCAGACAGCGACAAGGAUUGGCACCCAGGGAGCGACGGCAAGGUCCUUGACUUGGUGCACCCAUCGCUCUUCCCGCUACUAUAUGGCCGUUCUCGCAUCAUGCGGCAUCAACGAAUUGGCUUGGACGAGUGCCUCAACUUUUGCGGUCGUGGGUUCCUACUAGAGAAGCCAGGCGACGACUCCGAGUCUCAACUGGAGGCGACAAUCGACUGGCGCAGAGCACCAAUAGAAGUCGUGUCGCCCAGAUUUCAGUGGUUGCCGUGUGACGUUGCCAUUGACGAAGAUGGUCGGGCGACGAUUGAGAGUUACAUUAAUAACUUGCACCCCAAGGACCACGCUGCGAUGUAUCCCAUCAUAGAGGAGUUUAUCCAAAAAUCCUUGCCGGCCUGGGAUCUGAUUUACCGUUGGGUAAAAAAGUUUCCUGUGCAGCGCCUUACCGCUCGAAAGGUUGGUCGUGGGGUUUCGCGACCUGACGUUGUCCCUGAAGAGGCAGCGAAACAGAGUGAGGAUGAUAACGAUGGCGAGGAACACCAAAAUCGGGAAUUGGAUGGCGACACUUUGGGCCAACUUUGCAGUGAAGAAACCGAAGGCGAAAAAAGAAAAUACUACACCUCUGAUGGUGAGAAUAGUGACGAAUCCGAAAAUCCCGAUGAUGUUGAUUCCGAGGGCGAGGAUUAUGAUGACGACGACGACGACGACGACGACGAAUAUGACAACUCGGAUAUUGAAGAAGACGACAUAAAUAAAGCCUCUCCCUACUUUAGAAUCUCAAAGAAACACGUCAGAUCAUCGGGGUUCUUCAAUCGCACUCCUCGCAUCCAAGUUAUCGUGAAACUAGCCAAUAUUCACCUCACGCCUGACAAACCAUCCUACGACGGCGGCUCGUGGCACAUCGAGGGUCAACUAAACGAGCAUAUUUGUGCUACGGCUCUGUUCUACUACGACUGCCACAACAUUACCGAAUCCCGGCUUGCAUUCCGUACGCCCGCCAACGUGGAGAACCUCGGCCAGCGGCUCAAGUACCAACAAAACGACAGGGCGUCCAUCGAGCGAGUAUUCGCCAUCCGCAGCGGUUUCGACACUCUCCAAGACGUGGGAAGCGUACUCACGCGCCCUGGGCGGUCGCUCUUCUUUUCAAACUUGUGCCAACACCGAGUGCAGCCCUUCAAGCUCGAGGACCCAACCAAGCCGGGGCACAGGAAGAUUCUCGCACUGUUCCUUGUUGACCCGGCUAUACCGGUAAUUUCGACGUCCAACGUACCCCCUCAACAAAGGCAUUGGUACACAAGUGGGGGCCAGAGCGAGGCGGUGGCUACCGUUCUUCAAAAUAUGGAUUCGAUCAUGGUGUUGGAUGAGGCGAAGAAACUGAGGGAGGAGCUCAUGGCCGAGAGGACUGUUUUACAACAGAAUGUGGAAGAUGAGCUAAACCAAGUCGAGUGGAGCUUUUGCGAACAUUGA